AUGGCCACGCUGCAUACGGCAAAACAGGUCGCCACUGCGUUUCAGCGAGAGUACGCAAAAACGCCAGCAAAACUGAAGGUGCUGGACGCCUUCUCGGGCCUUGCCAUCGCCACGGCACUACUUCAGUUCGUGUAUGCGGUCCUCAUCGGGAGCUUUCCCUUCAACGCAUUCUUGGCUGGCUUCUUCUGCUGCAUAGGGGCCUUUGUACUCUCAGUGUGUCUGCGGAUGCAGGUAGACCCGGAGGACAUGAGUGGGAAGACAGAGAGAGCUUUUACUGAGUAUGCUCUCGCAAUGUGUGUCCUAUUCCUUGCAGCAUUGAACUAUGUUGGUUGA